AUGGAGAAAAGAGUCCCCACUGUGCCAGGGCGAUGGAGGAAAGAGCCUCCACUGUGCCAGGGCCGUGGAGGGAAGAGCCUCCGCCAUACCAGGGCAGUGGAAGAAAGAGUCCCCACCGUGCCAGGGCAGUGGAAGAAAGAGCUUCCACCGUGCCAGGGAGAUGGAGGAAAGAGUCCCCACCGUGCCAGGGCCGUGGAGGAAAAAGCCCCCCCCCCCCCCCCAUACCAGGGCAGUGGAAGAAAGAGUCCCCACCGUGCCAGGGCCGUGGAGCAGAGGGUCCCCACCGUGCCAGGGCAGUGGCACCGUGUCAGGGCAGUGGAAGAAAGAGUCCCCACCGUGCCAGGGCAGUGGAAGAAAGAGCUUCCACCGUGCCAGGGAGAUGGAGGAAAGAGCCUCCACCGUGCCAGGGCCGUGGGGGAAAAAGCCCCCCCCCCCCCCCAUACCAGGGCAGUGGAAGAAAGAGUCCCCACCGUGCCAGGGCCGUGGAGCAGAGGGUCCCCACCGUGCCAGGGCAGUGGCACCGUGUCAGGGCAGUGGAAGAAAGAGUCCCCACCGUGCCAGGGUGAUGGAGGAAAGAGCCUCCACCGUGCCAGGGCCGUGGAGGAAAGAGCCUCCACCGUGCCAGGGCCGUGGGGGAAAGAGCCCCCUCCAUACCAGGGCAGUGGAAGAAAGAGUCCCCACCGUGCCAGGGCAGUGGAAGAAAGAGCUUCCACCUUGCCAGGGAGAUGGAGGAAAGAGUCCCCACCGUGCCAGGGCGAUGGAGAAAAGAGCCCCCUCCAUACCAGGGCAGUGGAAGAAAGACUCCCCACCGUGCCAGGGCCGUGGAGGAGAGAGUCCCCACCGUGCCAGGGCAGUGGCACCAUGUCAGGGCAGUGGAAGAAAGAGCCUUCACCGUGCCAGGGAGAUGGAGGAAAGAGUCCCCACUGUGCCAGGGUGAUGGAGGAAAGAACCUCCACCGUGCCAGGGUGA